UCAUUAUUGGCUCUAGAGGGAAUCACAACAACAAGGAAAGCAUAAGUCCAACAAUCUGCCAUUGCAUGCCUUUGUGACUGCACUGGUGGAAGGGCAAGAAAAUGCUGGAAGAUGAAGAACAAACAACCUCCCAGCUCCCGCUCUUGGGGGUUAUCAUGUGCUGCACCUCAAUAACUCCGGAAAGACGUACUGAACUUGCAGCAAUGGCAACCGAGAUGGGGGCUGUACACAAGCUGGAUCUUACCGCCGAUGUGACACAUCUGAUCGUUGGCGAUACAGAAACUCCAAAAUACCGAUAUGUUGCCAAGGAGCGCCCAGAUGUGCAAGCUUUGAGUCCGAGUUUUGUGGAAGCCGUUCGGGAGACCUGGCUUGAAGGCGGUGAAACGGAUGUGAAGGCGCUUGAGGAAGAGCACAAGCUUCCUUCCUUUGAAGGCUUACGAAUUUGCUUGACUGGGUUCAAUAUUCUCGAGGAGAGGCAGGCCCUAAUCGACGCAAUUAUCAACAACGGGGCAGCGUACCAUGGAGAUUUAACAAAGGCUGUCACGCAUUUGAUAGCCUAUACGCCAGAGGGUAAAAAAUACCAAUAUGCUACGGAAUGGGGCCUACGGGUGGUGGCAAGAGAAUGGUUGAGCGAUAGCCUGGAGCGAGGCAUGCGACUUGACGAGAAUCUCUAUCAUCCAUUGAUACCAGAAGCGGCUAGGGGAGAGGGUGCCUGGGUACGGGAGCCAAAAUCUCCGUUCAAUGCGAAAAAGAGAGUUCGCCGAGACGCUGGUGAGAUGGCACUAGAACCAGGGAGGAGGAAACUACGACGCACGGCAAGCACAAAACUCGGAAGCCAAAACGAAGGAAUUUGGAAUGAUAUUGUCGGCGCUGCAGCGCCAGUUAAAGAGGUCGUAAAGAAUGAAUGGGAGGAGGAUGAUCCUUCCCCUCUUCCAGAUGGCCGAACCCUUUCAUUUGGGAGGGCAUCAUUCCGUUCGGACGCUGUGGACCCAGAGCCUCCAAAGACCAUCGCGUCUCGGUCGUUUCCGACCAUCAGUGGUGGUCAGGGUGAACAAGUACAGUCUCCAGGAGGGACGGACUCGGGAAUGCUUCAUGGCUUACGGUUCUGCAUACAUGGCUUUAAUCAGCGAAAGGCUGCAAUCCUUACGGAUCAUCUUCAUUCCCACGAUGCACAUAUUGUCCCAAACCUUAAUGGCAUCUCGUCACAGUCUCGUGAGGAUGCUUUAAAUUCGUACCUUAUGAUUCCUCAUGAUAUGGAAUCCUCGGAUAUUCCUAGAUUCCCCGAGAGUGUUUGCGCGCCCAUGACCGUCACUGAAUGGUGGCUAGAACGCUGUUUGUAUCGAAAAUGCCGGGUCGAUCCUUUGACCGAUGUGAUGAGCAAGCCGUUUCCAUCGUUUCCCAUACUAGGGUUUGAAAAAUUGGCAAUAUGUUCAACAGCUUUUAGCGGAACCGACCUUAUGCAUGUAGCCAAAGCAUCGAGGCAGCUUGGUGCUCAAUACGACGAGUUCCUGACACCUAAAGCGUCUGUUCUUGUGUGCAAUUCCAGCUUGUCCAACAAGGAGAAGCUCCGGCAUGCUUUAGAAUGGGACAUUCCAGCGGUUCGAGCCGAAUGGCUCUACGACAGCAUAGCUCAAGCUCAGGUAGAACCUUUCGAGAAAUACCUGAUUGUCUCAAAUGAGAGCCGGGUCAGAGUGCUAGAGAGGUCCAAGAGCUUGAGUGGCAGUGCACCUCAUGAGCGAAAUAGUUUGGGCAGAAGCAAGUCGUUUUCUGCUCGCGAAGUUAAACAGCCUCACACAUCGUCAGCAAUCCCUCAACAAGAUAGCCACAAUCGGUCUGUAGGCAGGUCAUUACAAAAGUCCGCAAGCAUCGGUAUGCCUGUAGAUACGGCAUUCAAAGCUACCACAACCAAGGCAAGUUCAACAAUACGCGUGCACUCGUUACUGCGGCAUCACGAAACUACAACAUUACCUCGGCCGCAGGAACCUCUUCAAGAUAUUGGACUAGCCGUUAACUCUCGCAAAAAGCGCUCUUCACAAUCGCCCGUUCCCGAUGCUCAGACGGUCCCUGAAGGCGCAAAAUCAUUUGACAGUGCGGCGAAAGAUGAGAGUUUCUCAGACGAACUUCGUAAUCCGCAAAUAACGACGGCCGAAAAUCCCAAAAACUCCUCCAAAUCCAAAUCAUUCGCAUCGUCCACAUCGAAUCAUAGUUUCAGCCAGGAUCUCAAAAAUUCCCUUGCUUCCCUCCUCGCCAUGAAGCGCACCGCAAGCGUCCCUCCAAGCGAAAAUGUCUCGGAAGAUAAUUCCGCCGCCGCUCCCAAGGUUGAUGAUCCCUCGAAGGCCCCUCGUCGUCUUCAGAAACGUCGGCUGUUUGGCCGCGCCCCGUCGAACUUGUCCUCGCUCCUCUCCAAUUCAUUCUCGCGCAGCGAAUCCGCCGAUCUAACCACCAGUGGCAAUGCUGAUCCUGCUGUGAGCGGUUCAGAAUCUGCGCCGCCAGGGACGAGUGCAAACACGGCUGAUUCGCGACCUACUAGCGCUGGCAGUCUCUCCCUUCCUCCAGAGGACUUUGACAAUGAAGACCAUCCUCCUCUACCUAGCCAGGCAGUCUCGUAUGACGACCCACAUGUACAAGCCCAACGCGAAAAAAUGGUUCGCAAAAUGAGCGGCAAGAGCGGCGAGCCUGUUGACGAGGAUGACUCCUUGCUGGUUGCUGAACGCCAAAAACGUCGACCUAGGGAAAGCAUCGGCGUCGUGCAGGAUUUGAGAGAGAAUGGACGAGGGAGGGUCACCAGACAGAGACGACAACCUGGUUUUUAGUCAGAUUCUUCUUGACUGUUUUCCUUGUUAUUACUUAUUACCCUUUUACUUGCCUUUUGCAUUGCCUGCGUCGUCUUCGUGUUUACAUUGUUUACAUUUUUCCAACGAAAGUAUUCAGCCCCCUGGAUCUGAUUCAAUUGCAUUAGCUUUGGUUUUGGCUCGGUUUGGGUGGGUUUGCUAUGAUAUUGAAACUUUGCAUCGGGUUGGCUUGGACUGGGUUGGGUUGGAAGCAUUUACAGUGUCUUGCAUUGCAAUUUCUUUUAUGAGCGUCAAGCAGCUCUUCAUUACGAAUAUAUACCCCGACAGAGAUUAUAUAGUCG